AAAAUUGAAAGUUUCUGAAUAAUUUCUACAUUUUUCUCAAAAAAUAUAUAUUAUGUGCGAAACUGUUCAGGACCUAGAAGACUAUAUUCAAUAUCAAUUUGAUGAUAUCGCAUCGUUUAAGCUCGCGAUUUUCUUAAGCUCCGGCGAGAUUCAGGUUAAAUUCGCUUUGGGACAGGUGGAGCAGAACCUUAUUACUUCUCUAACAUCAAUAUCAACUUCUGCCGACAAAUUCUCUAUUGGAGAUAUCGAUUUUCUAAGGGCAACACCUGUAAACUCAAACAUCGUCUCAAAGUUUGCAGCUACCAAUGAAUCAUCAACGCCACGUAUCUUUGUUACGGAGAAAAAUAAUAAUUUGUUCAUAGUUUAUUGUUGUGGAACAACUUGUGAUAAGGAUGAGCCACGGGUGCAGAUGCUCAUGGAGAAUUUGAUGAUUUGAUUGGAAUAAGGAUUUUUUAUUUUCGUUAUUUAAAAUGAUAGUGGGAAAAUGACUACUAACAAGUGGUUGGAAGAAUAUUUUGGAAAAUUUAAGUAGAACAUUUUUUUGUUAGCUAAAUAAAAAUGUUUAUUUUAGA